CUUCCUCUUGCUUCACCGGCAUCUCGAGAGCUUCUCGUUCUCGCAUUCACAGUCAAAUCUGUCCGAGAACUCAAAUCCGGCUCUACGAGUAUCCAGGGGGGGGACCCACGUCCCGCACCAGGACCUUCAAGCUAACCACUCUCUUAUCGAUAGCUGGCUGAGUACCAAGCCGCAGCCUCGGGGCGUCCACGUCAACAAAAUCUAGGCAGUGCUGGGUUCAAAGGUAGCCGAUAUAAAGUUGGAUCCCAUUCCACUUGGUGGACUUCCUCGAUAGGAUCUCUAACGACAUUGCAACUGCAACCCGUACGCUCUCGGGACUUUGUCAUCAAGCUUGCAGGCAAGCCGAAGUCACGGGACUCUUGUGAUCAGAGAUUUGAGAUUUUGAGUGUUCACUUGACAGAUCGGUGGUGAAACGAGUCCCAACAGAUAUGUUUUCCUCGAAGAAACCCUACUCCGCCGUCACCGUUGCUGUCGAGCAACUCACGAGUGAGCGGUUUGAGGAAGAUGACUUGAGUGGGAUCCCGGAUCUUGUGGAGGCUAUCAAGCUUCAAGCCACUGGUCCCGCAGAAGCUGCCCGGGCUAUUCGAAAGAAGCUCAAGUAUGGCAACGUUCACCGCCAACUUCGUGCUCUCACCCUUCUCGAUGGUCUGAUCCAGAAUGCUGGCUCUCGGUUUCAACGUACAUUUGCCGACGAAAUGCUUCUCGAGCGUUUGCGUGUCUGUGGUACUGCUGACCUUUCCGACCCUUUGGUGAGGGAUAAGUGCAAGGUGUUGUUUAGGCAAUGGGCCGUAGAAUAUAAAAACGUCCGCGGACUCGAGCAGAUUGCCGGCCUCUACAAGGAACUUCCUCGUCGGAAGCAAGUUGUCACUCAAGACAAGUCUAAAGUUCUUCGCGAAACAGAGCAGAAUCCCUUCGAGGAUGAUGAGGAAGAAACUCCCCCUCCAGCACCAGCCCCAGUUGCAUCACAUUCUCGAUCAACUUCUCUCGCUACAGGUCAGAGCGCAUCGCCAAGAAGCUCCACCCCUUCGUUCUUCUCCACCUCAACUAAGUCUAAAAAGGACAAGAAGAAAAAGAAAGGCAAGGCUUUCAAUCUGGAAGAAGAGAAGGAAGCGAUGAAGAGCACCAUCGCUGAAGCUUCUGUGGCAUCGACCAAUCUCCUGAACGCCCUCAAACUGAUCAAUCGUGAGAAAGAGCAGAUCUCAGAGAACAAGAACGCAGUUCACCACUUCGAGUUCUGCAAACUACUGCGUCGAAAAAUACUGCGCUAUAUCCAACAUGUUGAAGCGGAGCAAUGGCUUGGAGCACUUCUUCACGCCAAUGAUGAGCUGGUCACGGCUCUCAUGACCUUUGAGCAGCUGGAUAGGUCCAUUGACGCUGAUAGCGACUCCGACGAUGAGCUUGCCGAACAGCAGCAUAUCUACAAGGUCAUGUCUGAGAAAGGCAAGGAACAUGAUACUACACAACAGCUUGCUGGUUUGCAUAUCGGCGGCAAGAGCCCGAGCCCAGAGGCACGGCCUCCACCUCCCCCCAGACCGGUCGUUCAACCACUAGAGGAGGAUGAGGAUGAAGAUGACUUUGAAGAAGAAGACGAGAAUGAUCCGUUCGCUGACCGCAAUGCCGUGACUACCCCGAAAGUUGAGAGAUCUGAGCCUGUCUGGAGGAUUGUUUGAGUUUCCUUUCGAUCCAUGAGCUACGGAGUACGGUGUGUGAAGCGCGGAUUUGGAAGCACAAAUGGCUUUAGUGGAUUUAGAUGAGACCGCAAAAGGCAUGAGAAUGACUGCGAGCGAAAUGAAUCAUGUCUCUUCCUUAUCAGCAUCAUCUCGUGCCAUGCAAGCAGCCUCAACGGACGACUCCAGCGAGUCUAUUUUGAACAGUGUAUUCAUUGUUCCAAAUUUGCUAUUCACGAUAAAUGUUUACAGAUUGGUUAGCGGACGCGAUUGAGUAAUCUUUCAAAUUCAAUCUGGUUAUUUAUAUUAGCGGUGCUGUUCCGUGUCAGCACACAAGACAUUCGUCACCUAGGCUUAGAGUAUUAUUUUUGGUUCGUAAGAAUGAUCAAAUUGUAAUCUAUCAAAAUAUGGCAUCCGUACCCGUAUUAGCUUUAAUAAGUGGGGUUUAGUCGGCACUAUAGAAAUCUUCCUC